GAAAAAAUAAUAAUAAAAAAUAUGCAAAUAAAAUACAAGACAAAAGGAAACAAUACAGAUACAAAGACUAAACAAAAUAAAUCUACGAAAAAUAAAUAAUUCAUAGACCAAAGAGUUAUUUCUAAUUAAUACCGGCAGAUGGUGCUGUUGGACUCACCACAGCUGAGAUGUCCAGCUGAUAGUUCUUGAAGUUUGACUUAUCUUUCGCCUCCAGAGUCACUUUGGCCAAAGCCACAGAGGCACUAAGGUAGAAGAAGGCGGCAAUGAAGUGGUAGAUGAAGUCCUAGAAGACGGAGAGAAGAAGAACACGGAGAACACAAGGGACAAGCCUUCAGUUUUGGACCUCGUACAUUUACAGACAUUACUGAUUAUCUGACAGCUGUCAUUUGUCUCCACCUACAGGUACCAGGGUGUAAAAGCAUCACAUCCCAGACCUAAUUGACAUGUCCACCAAUCUGUGGUGUUACUCACAGCUGCUGCCCAGCUGCUGCGGUUGUUGUGUCCCCCGCAGGCAAACACCAUCGUCCAAAUGAAGGUCAUGACGAAGCAGAAGACAGAGACAAACAUGACCCAGCCCUGAGGGUUCUGUGGCACCACCAGGGUGCAGGCCACCAGGAUCCAAACCAGACCACCAAAGAUCUGCAGAACAGAUGGGCAGAACGACAGGACAUGGUCAACACCAAGACUGGGUUUUUAUCACCAAGACCGGAGGAUCAGGUGGCACCGUAAGGAAACUGGAUCCUGCUGACAGAUUAUGUGAGGUGUUUGUCGACAGCUUUGCUGCUCCACUCUGCCAAACCCAGAGUUACUGUUGCCGUGUUUGCUUUCUUCACAGUGAGAGGUGUGAAAAAGACACACGAUAUUAGAGACUGUGGGUCAAAAAAAGAUGCUCAGACACAGAUAACAGAGACUCCCUGAUGAAGAAAGAGUCAUGUGUUUGACCAGUGCCAACACAGGACAAAUUAGCUAAGGCUAACCAUAAAAUUGGUAGCUAGAAGUCAACACAAAACAGUUUAAAACGAAAGGACAAAUCACAAUCGAAAAUAUCUCUGCAUUAGCCUAAAUUAGUCUAAAAUGCAACCAAAAAUAAUGUAGAAAUUAUCAAUAGUGAAUGGGCAAACCCAGAAAACAAUUUACUGCUAUGAUCUGAAGGCAAAAGUUUUGCCCAAACAUCCUUUAAAUUUGUCAAAAAAUUAAAUUAAUGGCAACUUACAGCAAGUUAAAAAAAAAAGUUAAAUCAAUAAACAAGAGAAAGCUAAAGGUUAGCUUGAAAACCAACAGAUACUUAAAGAUAUUGUAUAUUUAUUUAUUAUAUUAUAGCUAUAGUCAUAUUUUCUCUAUUCACUCAUAUUUGCCUAUUAUACAUUUGAAUGAUUUGAAUGAUUAUUUUAAUUAUGUUUAUUUUUCACAUCUCCUAAUUUGAACUUUAUAGGUGUAUAGAUGUUGUGUUGGCAGCAGGUCUGUCACCGCCUCAAUGUUCUCCCUGUGGAAGAAUGUGGGAGCAGUAGUGAAGAUGUUCUUCUGGUCUUAUGAUAUUACUUCUUGGAACCGUUGGCCUCUCCCUCUGCACACAACCACAAACAUAAACACUCAGCUUCUAUGUUCUGUGGAUCUUUAGAUGUUGACUGAAUGGCAGGACAACAUAAAUGUCCACGCAGAGCGCUGCUUUCCUUAGUGACUUUGAAACGUCAGCCCACGGCCCUGUCAGUCCCCUCGUGGCGAGCGGUCUUUGGUCAGUACCUGCGAUGGUCUUGCACAGUAACUCAGGCCGUCGUCCUGUCCGUGGUAACGUUCUGCAUCAUUCUCCCUCUGUGCUGCCAUCAGCUGCUCUACUCCUACUUCUUCAUCAAGUCCUUGUAUCUCGAGUCCAUGAGUGAGGAGGUGCUGCAGGCCAGUCUCAGCCGAGGUCAGGAGGCCCUACACUUCUGGCAGAGUGCUUCAGCAGUGACGACCUCCUCUAGGUUCUCAGAGAUUACCCAGAACCCCGAGCUGCUGGUUACUGUGGUGACAGUUCGGCGGAAUGAAGGAUGGGACUUCCACUACCUACUGCAGGUGAUGUGGACACUGAGCAGCAUUGUGGAGAGCUGUGGGGAGCAGCGGUGUGCUGAGGUGCUGGUCUGCGAUGUGGACACUGGUCCUCAAGAGAACCAGGAUGCCAAGUUACUGGAAGGCCACUUCAGGGUGAUCCAGCGCUCCCCCCAGGAGCAGCAGAAGAUCCGUGAACAACGAAUCAACACCUUUGAGAGGGAGAAAAGAGAUUAUGUCUUUUGUCUCCAGAAGGGAUGGGAGCUGGUAAAGCCCAAAAACAUGAUCGUCUUAGAAGAUGACGCUCUGCCCAGAAGAGAUUUUUUUAAAGUUGUCAAGAACCUUUUGUCACGUCGAUUCGCCUUUCUAAGUCUUUACAUCAAACUCUACCAUCCCGAGAGGCUGCAGCGCUACUGGAACCCAGAGCCUUACCGUAUCCUGGAGUGGGUGGGGCUUGGUUUGGUUGGAGCAACAGCCCUCCUCCUCAGCUUUCCUUACUGGAAUCCCUUCUCCUUCUCCUUCACGCUGUCUGUCAGCCACCUCCUCUUCUUUACCCUUUACUUCAUGGCGGUGGCGGAGCUGCUUGGACGGCACUACCUCCUAGAAGUGCGAAGACUUUCGCCACAGCUUUACGCCGUCUCGCCAGCUACUGAGUGCUGCACCCCAGCCAUGCUGUACCCUGGGAAUGCGUCACUCAGGGUUGCCGAGUACCUCGAUGCCUCGUCCUGUGCCAAGGGGAAGGCCAAAGACAUGGUUCUGUAUCAGAUGGCACGGACAAUCCCAGGAGAAAGGUCCUACAGUGUGGAACCCAAUCUGAUCACCCACAUCGGGGCCUUUUCUUCUGUAAGGCCCAACCCCUCUAAACCCAAACUCCUCUGACGAAUUACGUCAAGACAUUUUCUACUUAUUCACAUUUCAUUUUCCAGAACAAAUUCUCAGGUGGUUACACGACAAACUCUAGAUCCUAAAUUUUUUUUACAGAAGUAGGACUGGGGGGAAAUAAGAACCCCUAAAAACCUCAAUGACCAAGGUGUUUUUUUUACCACCUUAUUGUUCAUUGUGCAGAGCUGACUGUGCUCUUGCUGUCAUGUGCUCUUUUAUUGACUUAGCUCACAGCCUGACGCAGUUAAAACAGCUGAACUCUCUGAUGACCGUUCUCCUCCUGUUCUUUAAAGCCCACCCCUGAAGGAGGAGAAAACCUGUGGCUGUGAUCUUCCCACAUUAGCUGUAGAACCUUUUAUCUGACAAAAAACCCUGAAUCAUCCAUUAAAUGUGUGUCAAAGGAGGGGAUUAUUUAUUUAAACGGAUGUAAAACCGGUCUUGGUUCACUGCAGAGUGUCUCGUGCAGUAGGAGAAUACCCUGAGGUUGCAAUAAGUAGUACUGAAGUAUCACCUCCCUGGAGGAGUGUUGCUUGGUAAACACUGGUAUUUUUAGUGUGCAGGGAUACAAGAACUGCAGCUUUACUUCUUGGUUAGUUUGCGUCCAUGAAGUAAAUAUGAACAUAAAACUUAGGACACCAAAUAAAACCCGAUUAACGUAUGUUUGCAGAAAUACACACAGUCUAAGAAAGAA